UUUAAAAAAUAACAUUGAAAAUUGAAAUUGGAUAGGUAUUACUCGACAGUCGAAGCUCGAUUUCGGUUCAGAAUUCCCGCCGAAGCCCCCAGGAUUGAAAAUUAAAAAAUCGAUUUUUAAAUAAUUACAACUUCUUUAGUAUUUGGUAAUCGGUUUGCCUUAAAUUUAUAGUAAUUAAUUAUCAAAGUUGAGUAUUAUAUAAUUAUGUAUUGUUAAGUAUCUAACAAAGUAUCAAGUAAAAUCAAUAAAAUGAUUUUGUUAAUAAAGUCACUAGUUUUCAUAUUGCUCAUAGCUAAAUCUUUGAGUACUACAGCAGAGGAUGGUGUUAAAUAUGCUAAUAAAUGUGAAGUUUGCAAAAUAUUAGCGGAAGAAUUAGAGGGUCGUUUAUUGGAGACCGGUAAGACGAGUGAAUAUUUGGAGCUCGGUUAUUCGAUCGAUCUACCAAAAAAGAAAAAAGAAUACAAAAAAUCGGAACUGCGUUUAGUCGAAUCACUAGAUGGCCUUUGUGAAAGAAUACUCAAGUAUAAUAUUCACAAAGAAAGGACCGAUAGUACACGAUUUGCUAAAGGAAUGAGUCAAACUUUUCAAACACUACACGGCCUCGUGAAUAAAGGUGUAAAAGUUGAGCUUGGAAUACCGUAUGAACUUUGGGACAAACCUUCGGUCGAAAUUACAAACAUGAAAACGCAGUGUGAAGACUUGUUGGAAACCUACGAAUCAGAUAUAGAGCAAUGGUAUUUUAACGAUCAAGCUGAAAGCUUAAGAAGUUAUUUAUGCAAAGACCGUGCAUUAAAAGAUUCUGAUCAAACAUGCUUAGAUGAAGCAUCUCCAUCCAAAGGAGAUACGAGACGGAUAAAUCAAGAAUUGUAAAAAAUUGAUGCACGUUUUGAAGUUUGUACAUAAAGUUAAUAUUUCAUAAACAUUAUCAUUGAAAUUACGUAAAGAAUUUUAAAUGCAAUAAUAGUAUAACUAUCUGACAUCUAAAAUCAUUUAUUUAUAAUAACGAAUUAAGUAAAUAUGGUAAUCAGGUACUUUUUAUCUUAUUAUAGUCUGUAAGUCAUUUGAAUUCACUUAAACAUAGAACAAUACAUGUAAUAUUUUAUUUUUUAUGAGUAUAUAAUAAAUUAAUGUGUCCCAAGUCUUAUUGUAAAUUAUCACUACUAAUUACUAUCCUAAAAAUUAAGGGCCAUUCUAAACAAUGUCCGCUUAAGUGUCGUUUAAUGCUAACCGGCUGACAGAUUUUAUUCCUGGCAGAAUUCUGCUGGUUAAGUGUCAGUUAACUUUAAAUUGGGCAUUAUAAGAACGGCCCUUAAUGUAUUUUAAAAAUUCUGACUAAUGUAUCAUAUUAUAUUAUUGAUUAGCAGCUCAUUAGCUAUUAUUACUCAUACUGAGUAUCAAGUAAUCAUAAUUGUUUUAAACAUAUAUUUUUUGUAAUUUUUGUGCCAUAAAAAUGAAAUGUUUGCUAUAUUUAAUAAAUUUACAACAAAUUUUAAGACUCAACCAUUAGUAAUAAUUUUUUUAAAUUUCAAUUAAGAAUAUUUUAAUACUGGAAGCUGGGUCAAACUUAUGCUAAUAGAAUUUGUCAUAGGCCACAUACUUAUAUUUUUAUAAUAAUACAUUUUUUUAAAUCAUACGAUACCGGGUAAUGUACUAUCGCUAUCCGAUUGUAAAAAACGAUUAUACAUUUGUUAACUAUUAAAUCAUUUUAAGGUGUAAUUUA